AUGGAAGAGCACAUGGACGAGAGAAGACCCCCCAAGAGGAGGAGAGGCAGGCCAAAGGGGCCUGCUGCAACUACAUGUGAAUACUGUGGCCUUCUCGCUUCCAAUAGUACCAAUCUAAACGUCCAUAUUCGUCGUAAGCACAGCCGGCAGUACAGCUACACCUGCAGGCUUUGUUCUUACAACUGUGUGACGAAAGGUGACAUGGACCGACACUGUAUCACAAAGAAGCACCUUAAACGCAUGGAGGAUGCUAGCAGUGAUGGCCAAGUGGACCUGGAUACAUCAGUGCAGGUUGUGAGUACAGAGUCAGGCUCUCAGGCCAGCGAGGGUGAGGCUAUACAUCACAAUAGUGCAGUCAGAGCAGGGUCCAAAGGAGAGGAGGGGGCCACGGACGAAGCAGGGGAGCUGUCGCAAGACGACGACAAAGCACAAGUGAGCAGCCCGAAAAAGAGCAAGUACGACUUGGUCAACUCCUGCAGCCAUUGCAACUUCGUAGCUCAUUCGAUUCCCUCCCUCGACCUCCACGUGAAGAGGAGACACACCCGGGACUUUGAGUUUGUGUGCCUGGCGUGUAGCUACUACGCGGUCACGCGUCGAGAGAUGUCUCGCCACGCCUCCACGGACAAGCAUAAGCAGAAGAGUGAGGUCUACCUAGAGAACCUGGAAACCGUUGUGAUAAAAGACCUGGUACAGCCGGAGGAGGAGGCCAUGGAGCUGGGGAGCAGAGAUGACCCUGAUGCUGACAACAAUUCUCACACUGAGGAUCCCUCCCCCUCAGUGUCCCCUGACACAGACAUAGAGCAGCCCACUAACACAGACCAGCCCACAGACACAACUACAGACCAGCCUAACAUUAUAGACACAGACCAACCCACAGACACAGAUACAGACCAACCCACAGACACAGACCAGCCCAACAACACAGACCAGCCCCCUAUCACCGAUACAGAGCAACCCACAGACACAGACCAGCCCAACAACACAGACACAGACCAGCCCCCUAUCACCGAUACAGAGCAACCCACAGACACAGAUACAGACCAACCCCCAGACACAGACCAGCCCAACAACACAGACAAGGACCAGCCCCCUAUCACCGAUACAGAGCAACCCACAGACACAGCUACAGACCAGCCCACAGACACAGAGCAUAUUACCACUAACCCCACACAGACUUUUGACGUUUUGAGCAACGAGCAUGCAGCCCCAGUAGUGGAAGUUAGUGGCACUGUUGUUGAGGAAAACAUGGAGAUCCAGGUGGCUGGUGAGGCAUCCGAUGGUGGCUCGGAACAAACCAGCAACGAAGCUCCAUGUACGAUUGAGCCUCAGGAAGCACCAGCAGACAUCACCAUAACACCGCCUGAGGAAGGCCAGAAGGAAGGGGCCGAGCCCGAUGCGGAGCCAGAGCUAGUCUGUUCAGACGACGAUGUUGAGAUGGCUGAUGAGAAACCCGACAUCUCUUCCGCAGAGAAACAGCUCACCAGGGCGCUGCCGUUCGACGCUUGCAUCGUACCUCUCAAGUCCUUGACUGAAGCCGAGCUGGCUCUGCAUGAAGAACGCAUGGCUCACUCUGUUGAGGGCCACUCUGGCCUGGCUGGAAGUGGCCUGGCCGGGGCGGGCAGUUUUCUGAAGAUCAAAAGAACCAAACCUGUAGGGGCCUCAGGUCUGUCCAAGGGGUUAACUCCCAACCCCCGCAUCCGCUGCGAAGACUGCGGCUUCGUGGCGGACGGUAUGAGUGGCCUCAAUGUGCACAUCUCCAUGAAGCACCCGACCAAGGAGAAGCACUUCCACUGCAUGCUGUGUGGCAAGUCCUUCUACACGGAGAGCAACCUGCACCAGCACCUGACCAGCGCCGCCCACCUGCGCAACGAGCAGGCCAGCAUCGAGGAGCUUCCGGAGGGCGGCGCCACCUUCAAGUGCGUCAAGUGCACGGACCCGUUCGAGACGGAGCAGGAGCUGUUCGUGCACAUCAAGGAGAAGCAUGAGGAGCUGCUGCGCGAGGUCAACAAGUAUGUCCUGGAGGACACGGAGCAGAUCAACCGCGAGCGCGAGGAGAACCAGGGCAGCGUGUGCAAGCACUGCGGCAAGGUGUGCAAGAGCAGCAACUCCAUGGCCUUCCUGGCGCACGUUCGCACACACACAGGUACGUUGUCUUCCAAAACACUUAUUUGAAAACCUUCACUGCUAUUUAUUUUUAUUUUUAUGAUACAUACUUCGUUUUUGAUUAGUUAUUAUAAAGUCAUUGAUAGCUGCAUCACUGAUAUUGAUAGGUGUUAUUAUACAGUGUAUACACCACUUAGAAUUCACCAAUCGUUACAUGUUUUGGACAUCGGGUUUUGAGAUACCGUAGUCUAGCAUAUAUAGCGGUAUCAGGGUUAGGCCAGGAAUCAGAGGAGAAUGUAAAGACAUGGUUCAUGUAGUGGUGUGAGCUUAGGCCAUGCGUUGGAGGAAAGGAGAAGGUAAAGACUGAUUGAGCUGCAGGAGGAGAGACGCUAAUGGACCACGGAUUGGGAUUCCCUGUGCACCGCCUGGUCAAAGACAUGUGCGACUCAUAAUUGAUGUGUCCAUUACCAAGACUCAGUUGUAAUUAUAGUCAAUAAGUCUCUGUAAAUGUGUUAAAGCUUAGGCUAAAAGCAUUGGAGACCCAAAGAGAGGUGGGCUAAUAAUUUAAAAUAAUCAAUGCAGGCGUAUUCAAAGCUCUUAAUUUCCCUUGUGUGUGUGUGUGCGUGUUUGUAUGUGUAACUUGUGUGUGUAUGUGUCAGCCUUCAUGGCGAGCUGAUUAUCCUCAAUCCAUUAAGAUUUAUCUUGUCAUUUAUAAUGCAAAUCAGGGUUCGGCUGGUCAGGUCUAUGACUGGGGAAUGUCCGGCAGAUUAAGAAUAGAGGGCGCUCCAUUACUCUUCCUUGACCAUGUGUAUUAAUUGCUUUUAAAAUCAACUUAAUGUAGGAAUGAGAAGUGAGGGCGCCAUCAAUAAAUGCCCUUCUCUGCUUCCUCCGGUCCGUCCCCCUUUCAGCCCAAACUUUAAUGGGACUUUAAUUGGAGUACAGACAGAGCUCUAUGGUCGGUCUGGGUGUAUUGUGUGUCUGAGGUUGUGUCUGUGUCUCUCUGUGUGUGUGUGGAGUGACUGACUAAUGGCCGAGGAGUGUUAAGAUGUGUGGACCGUCUCAGAGAGUUGACGGAGAGGUUGCCAGUAGCAGAGUCAAUGAGAGUGCUGCCACGAUGCACUAUGGUAGUCCGGUCAUGUGGGUCAGACUACUCAGAUACUCAGGCUGCUGCUGCUUUCUCUAAGUGUGUGCCCUCACCAAUCACAGAGACUACAUGAUUAGGCCUACUUCUGUUUGUGAUGACCUCUCAACUUCUAAAAUGGGGGAAGAGUCACCAUCGUCUCACCAUUGCAAACUGGUUCAGGUUAGCGUAUAGUCUGUUUUGCUGGGGUACGUCCUACAAUUGAUCUGUUCAGAAAAAUAAAAGCAUAUAAGCAGAGAAACUAACUGUCUUUACUUUGGCAUUCCCCUCAUGUCUCUGGCCAAAAAAAAAUACACACUUUGUGGUUACGUGGAAUGGGGAGACUCACACAUACAGUAUACUGUACAGUAAGACUGAAUUGCAAUUCUGUUUGAUGUACAGUCGAGUAGUCUGAAAGGACAGACAACAUCAAUAAGAGAAAGAUUAUGAGGCCAAAUGAUCAACAUUUUGAUGUAUCCUUUGUGGGAUAUUUGUUGAAUCUGUAAUAUCCCCUUAUGAGCCUACUACAGUAUUUAAUGUUGCCAUGUAAACAACGCCAUUACUCUGGGUCCAGCUGAGGAAAAGUGUUACUUAAGCAAAUGAAAACAGUGACACUUUAAAAAGAUGUGUUUAUCAAAGUCAAGGGCACAUUUGGAGGUCUCGAUUGAGUUAUGUCGUUAUUUUUCCGGUAGCUUUUUCGAUUGAAUUAUCUCUUUAUUUAUGAGAUUGCUUUUCCUUUUGUUUCUUCAUUUUGUGCCUCUUAUUUGUAGAAUGCACCUAUUUCUUAGCAUUUUGACAGCUUAUGCUAGUUAUUAUUAUUGCUAAGUUCCCUCAUUACAUUGAGUUAUUCUCUCUUUGUAUGUGAUCAUUUAUCGUGGACACUUCUUCCAGUGCUGUGGAGCAGGACUGUGGAGUCUGCCAGUGUUUGGACUGGGAGCACGUCCAGAUAAUUUUAAUUAAACCAAGAUUUUAUUUACUUGAUUAAUCAGUGAAAUCAGGAGAUGGUGGGAGGCUGCACGCAUAUUUGUCAAUUUGUCCCCUGAAAAAAAGACUUGCAUUUUGCCAAUGAGAAUGCAACUGGAUUUGCAUUUUGAGCUAAAUUGGUCACUUUUUCACUUGAGAGAGCUGUCUGACCUUCUCAGGCCUGGGGUGGGUUGGACUAAUGGGCAAACACACAUACGCACCACACACACUUGCCAAACAUGCACACACACACUCUUUCUCUCUAACACACACACACACACAAACCCACCCAAUGAGUUUCUGAAGGUGUAAAGAAACAAGUUACAGGAGCUUGGUUUGUAUGUGUUGGUCUGGCUGUAUGAUGUCUGAUAGGGCCUCUCUUGAUAAAACAGUUUAUCCUGGGGUGGUAGACAGACAUGGAUAUUAUGUCCCCACAAUAUUUGAUUGAAUAUUCAACACUGGAAAAAAUAUGCCCCUUUAAAUAUGUUUUAAAACGGGUUUGCCGUUUUUAAAGGGAUAUUUCGGGAUUUUGGCAACUACAGUGGGGGAAAAAAGUAUUUAGUCAGCCACCAAUUGUGCAAGUUCUCCCACUUAAAAAGAUGAGAGAGGCCUGUAAUUUUCAUCAUAGGUACACGUCAACUAUGACAGACAAAUUGAGAUUUUUUUUCUCCAGAAAAUCACAUUCUAGGAUUUUUAAUGAAUUUAUUUGCAAAUGAUGGUGGAAAAUAAGUAUUUGGUCACCUACAAACAAGCAAGAUUUCUGGCUCUCACAGACCUGUAACUUCUUCUUUAAGAGGCUCCUCUGUCCUCCACUCGUUACCUGUAUUAAUGGCACCUGUUUGAACUUGUUAUCAGUAUAAAAGACACCUGUUCCACAACCUCAAACAGUCACACUCCAAACUCCACUAUGGCCAAGACCAAAGAGCUGUCAAAGGACACCAGAAACAAAAUUGUAGACCUGCACCAGGCUGGGAAGACUGAAUCUGCAAUAGGUAAGCAGCUUGGUUUGAAGAAAUCAACUGUGGGAGCAAUUAUUAGGAAAUGGAAGACAUACAAGACCACUGAUAAUCUCCCUCGAUCUGGGGCUCCAUGCAAGAUCUCACCCCGUGGGGUCAAAAUGAUCACAAGAACGGUGAGCAAAAAUCCCAGAACCACACGGGGGGACCUAGUGAAUGACCUGCAGAGAGCUGGGACCAAAGUAACAAAGCCUACCAUCAGUAUAGACACUACGCCGCCUGGGACUCAAAUCCUGCAGUGCCAGACGUGUCCCCCUGCUUAAGCCAGUACAUGUCCAGGCCCGUCUGAAGUUUGCUAGAGUGCAUUUGGAUGAUCCAGAAGAGGAUUGGGAGAAUGUCAUAUGGUCAGAUGAAACCAAAAUAUAACUUUUUGGUAAAAACUCAACUUGUCUUGUUUGGAGGACAAAGAAUGCUGAGUUGCAUCCAAAGAACACCAUACCUACUGUGAAGCAUGGGGGUGGAAACAUCAUGCUUUGGGGCUGUUUUUCUGCAAAGGGACCAGGACGACUGAUCCGUGUAAAGGAAAGAAUGAAUGGGGCCAUGUAUCGUGAGAUUUUGAGUGAAAACCUCCUUCCAUCAGCAAGGGCAUUGAAGAUGAAACGUGGCUGGGUCUUUCAGCAUGACAAUGAUCCCAAACACACCGCCCGGGCAACGAAGGAGUGGCUUCGUAAGAAGCAUUUCAAGGUCCUGGAGUGGCCUAGCCAGUCUCCAGAUCUCAACCCCAUAGAAAAUCUUUGGAGGGAGUUGAAAGUCCGUGUUGCCCAGCGACAGCCCCAAAACAUCACUGCUCUAGAGGAGAUCUGCAUGGAGGAAUGGGCCAAAAUACCAGCAACAGUGUGUGAAAACCUUGUGAAGACUUACAGAAAACGUUUGACCUGUGUCAUUGCCAACAAAGGGUAUAUAACAAAGUAUUGAGAAAAUUUUGUUAUUGACCAAAUACUUAUUUUCCACCAUAAUUUGCAAAUAAAUUCAUUAAAAAUCCUACAAUGUGAUUUUCUGGAAUUUUUUUUCUCAUUUUGUCUGUCAUAGUUGACGUGUACCUAUGAUGAAAAUUACAGGCCUCUCUCAUCUUUUUAAGUGGGAGAACUUGCACAAUUGGUGGCUGACUAAAUACUUUUUUCCCCCACUGUAUGUCCUUUAUCUACUUCCCUAGAGUCAGAUGAAUUCGUGGAUACCAUGUUUAUGUCUCUGUGUCCAGUAUGGAGGUAGUUUUGCAAGCUAAUGCUAACUAGCGUUAACGCAAUGACUGGAAGUCUAUGGGUAUCUGCUGGCAUCGCCAAAAUCCCAAAGUAUCCCUUUAACAUUCUAAAAAUGAGACUAACAUCGAAGGCUAGAUAUGGAAGGGGUGGAUAGAGCGAGAGAGCGAGAGGGUUAAACAUUGUGGGAGGGUUUCUCAAGGAAAUUAAUUAGUCAUUACCCGUCUCAUCUGGGAUGUGAGGGAGUCACAUUGCCCCUAUGUGGAUGGCAAUAUUAAUUUAACAUGACACUGCAUUGAUGGUCAAUUUCAGUUUCAUGGAGGCUGUUUAAGUGGAGUGGUGGAGUAUUAAUAUGAUGAGAUGUGAGAAGGGAGGGAUGCUACAUCUCUCUCCUCCUACUAUGUCUCAUACUCACUCACACAGCCAUCUGGCCAGAUCCUCUCCCUCUGCGCCUGUCUCUUGCUUCACCUCGGCUUUGGCGUGUGUGUGCGUGUCCGUGUCUGCGUGUGUUUGUUUUGGGCGUGCAGCAUAGGGGUGUAUGUCGAGGCUAAAUGAAGAGGCCCCGAUUCACCGGUGCUCAUGUGUUAACGCCCCUCCCUCGCCUGUUUGCAGGCCUUGUUAGCAUGCGCUUGCCUUUCAAUCUUCGUUACCAGCUUAAAAUUCUACGUGUCGUACUUCCAGCUCGUGGCAAGUGAACCAUGUAUGAACGAAUUAGUAAUCUACACAAAGUGCUUAAUCAAAUCAGCGGCUGCCCCUGAAAUAAAUAUUGCAAUGUGUCUUGGGAUAUUCACUGGGAGAGUGGUUUGUAAAAAAAUGCAUAGCGAGUAUAUCAUAGGAGGUUCCCAGUCAGAUUGGUGUGUCAUACUGGAGAACUGCUACUCUAGUCUAUCUGCAUGGGACCUGGCCCUAGUCUAUGCGGCACCAUCCACAUGAAUGUCGCUUACUUGUAGUUGCAUACACAUCUUGUGUAUAUUCUAUAUACACAAAGAAAUAACAAUGGUUGGGUUCAAUUAAUUUAGGAAAAAUAGCACUGUUGCAAUCAUGAAUUGACUUAUGCGUAAAUGUUAUAACUAGGCUAACUGAAACAGCACUGUCCAUUAUUUUUGGACAUAUUUACAAUGCUACGGUACUAUUCCGCGGCAUGCUGCAGCGCUUGUUUGAUUGAAUAGGCCAUCCCCAGUGAGUGUGUUCUAUUAGCCUAUGGUGUGGUGUCCCGUCUAGCCAUCAUGGGUGCUGACUGUCCAUAGUAGCCCCCGCCCCUCUCUCUCGCUCUGCUGCUCUUAAAUGACAAAUGGCAGGCAGAGACUGUGCCACUCUCUCAAACGCCAGCGCCACCCCACCCUCCCCAUUUAUUAAUGAGAAUAAUUAGAAGAAAACCUCCCUGCAAAGCCAGGCAGAGUGAUUAGCGCUUUUAAUGAUGGAACGGGGUAGUGAGCGCACACAGAAUUGAUUUACGUAUUCUGCCUGACCUUUGGUAUCCAAUUUACGCAUCCAGAAGCAAAAGAAGGAAGAGUAAGUAAGAGAGAGAUGGAGAGAGGGAUGGGGAAAGAUAGAGAGGAGGAGAUUGAAGGAGAGAAAAGUAAUGUACUCACUGUACAAGCUUAUGUUUUUUAUAUGGGGCGGCAGGUAGCUUAGUGGUUAAGAGUGUUGUGCCAGUAACCGAAAGGUCGCUGGUUCUAAUCCCCGAGCCGACUAGGUGAAAAAUCUGUAAGUCGCUCUGGAUAAGAGCGUCUGCUAAAUGACUAAAAUGUAAAUGUUCUGGGUUCAGGGCAUCUGGUUGUUUUACAGUCAAUCUUGGGCAGUAAAGUAGUACAGUAGUUGUUAAGAAUAUUCCAGAGUUCAACAACCUGACUAACAACAAGAAUUCACCACGUCAUCGUUCUUGUGUCACCGUCUCUGCAAUUGUGCAAAGAUCUUUCUGUUUGAAUGUUAUUAAAGAAUGUGCCCCCAUGUUCUCCCCUCUGGUCAUAUAGCUCUUCUCUACCUUCACCCCAACAUCUAGAACCACUCCUUUCUUUUUAGUAUACUGUUUAUAAUAAUUUGUGUAUUUUUUUCCAAUAGAUCAAGUAGGAUAAAUUGACCUCACUUAUUGUUCUGCAGGAUCGAAGCCGUUCAAGUGCAAAAUCUGCAACUUUGCCACCGCCCAGCUGGGUGACGCCAGGAACCACGUGAAGAGACAUCUGGGCAUGAGAGAAUACAAGUGCCACAUA